CUCGCUCCUCAUGCCACCGAGUGCGUAUGGAGGCCGUCCAGCAGGGACAAACGUUUGUGGAAGAUAUAAAGCAGAAGCUGAAGGAUGAGGGAAUUGACCCAAAAGCAUCAGUAAAUGAACAGCUGUAUUAUGUUUGGGGCCUGUUCCUGCGCAGUCAAGAGAACUUGCAUUUUGCCACCAGCAAAUUGGAGCAACUCACGCAACAGCAAGUGGAAGAAAUGAGAGAGGUGGAAAACUACGUGGGCCAUGUCCGCCACCUGACAGAGGCACGAGAUGCUCUUGCUGCCGAAUUUGAGAAAGAAAAUGAGCAGCUUAGAAGGGAAUUCACACAACUGCAGCUCAAGCAUGAAUCCCAGCAGAAGGAAGUGGAAGAAAUGCUGGAGCAGGAAGGCUUGCUGGAAGUAGCCCGCAGCAGUCCCAGCGAGCAGAUUGCCUAUUUGCUGGUCGAAAGGAGCACACUGCUGGAGAAACUGGAGGGGAUGGUGCAAAAGUUGGACCCCCCCAACUGUUUAGAAGGCCUUUGUGCUGUGCACCUUCAGGUAUCGGAACAAUACCAAGAAUGCCAGGAGUUAAACCGACUUGCUACGGAACAAAAAGGCACCGGCGAAAGACCUCUGACAAGUGGAAAGUCUUUGGAGGUGCUGUGUAAAGGGAGGAUUCUGGAAGAUCAGUUGCUCAGCCUGGAAGAAGAGAAGAGGCAGCUAUGCAUGAAAUUAUUAGAGAGCAAAAAGAAAACGGAGGAACUCGAGGAGCAGAUGAAAGGGAGUGAUGAAGAAAAGCAACUCUUAUGGGAAGAAAAUGCCCAGUUGAGGAAAGACAUUCUUGCUCUCCAACUUCAGCUUACCAACACUGUAAAGGCGAAAGACAAAGCCACGGUUGCAGAGAACUGGCCAAUCAAGCCACAGAAUCACUUGUGGAAUACAGAAAGUGAUGUGAGGCAGAUCAAGGCUGAACUGAGGCAAGUGCGGCUGAAGUCCUCCGACUCUUCCAAGACGUGUUCCUCUCUCCCCUUUCAGCAGGAGCUCAGUCACCAGGAGGUCAAAGAACUGGAGCUGGACUUGCUGAAACGUUCCCAAGCGAUUAAACAGCAGGGUAGCUUGCAAGAGAAACUUAAGCAGGAGAAAGCCAAGGUGACGGAGGCUAAGGAAAAGAUUUUGGAGCUGCAGCAGAAGCUGAAGGAGUCUGACCACCAGGUGCGUCUCUGUGAAGCCCACAUAUUGGGGCAGAAGCAGCUGGAACACGGGUGGAAAGAGGCCAGAGAAAAGCAAGUUAAGGCACAACGGCAAUUUCAAGAAGAGCAGCAGUUAAGGAAGUUUCUGGAUCAGCGGAUAGAAGAUCUCCAGCAACAACUGAACCACUCCCUAGAGAACGAGAAGCAGCUCACCAGGACACUUGCUAAGCUGCAGGUCCAGUGCCAGCAGCUGGGGGCACAGUUGCAAGUCUUGGAAGAAGAGAAGAAAAGACUCUCCAAUGAGCAUCGACACUGUCAAAAAUGUAGUCAGAAACUCACGGAGCAACUGUUGGCAUUGCAAAAGGAGAAGGAAAGCUUCUGCAAGGAGUAUAGUUACAUACUUCAGCAAUUGGACAGUUCUGUCAGAAAAUACAAUGAGCGCCACCUCCGCCACAAAGCCAAGCUCCGAAGAGCAAAGGAGACAUUCAUCUGCGAAAUGAAACAGCGGGAUGAACACAUUAGAGAACUCAAAAAGGAAACAUUGCUGUCUAAGAGCCAGAUGGAAAAGGACCGCCUGCUGAUGAGCCAGGUGGCUGCUGAGAACGAGACCUUGCUCCAGGAAAAAAGAGAGCUCUUGCAGCAGCUCCAGGAGCAAGAAGAAGCCGAGCGGAACAACAGGCUGGUCAUUUCCACAACCCAAAACAAAGCACAGUUCUUGGAUGAAGAAAACAAGCAGCUCCAAGAAUACACCCUGCAGUUAAGAAGUCAGGUUGGUGCCUUGGAGCUUGCCCUGCGGAACACUCACAGCCACAGCGUAGAAGAACUGAACGGUGCAGGCUUCCCUGAACGCCAGCUACAAAGCAAAGUGCUGCCCCUCCCCAGCAUAAGCUUCUCUCCGAUGGGGCUGCUGGACUCGUUCAACCUCCCAAAAACUAUUCAGGGUAUCAGAGCUGAGGAUGCAGAAGAGAGUUUCUCACUCUCACCUUUGCCUACUAAAUCUCCAGAGAUAGGCUACUUAAAUGUGGCCUCUCCGAGGGAUACUACAGACUGCCAUAAGGAGGAACAGGAGCAGCCCUCCGUUCUGAUAACAUCGAAGGUUACAAUGGAAGAAAGAUGAAGAGGGAUCCUAGGAGGUGACUUUCCACGGCUGCUUGGUCCUGCUUCUCCAUUUAACUUUGAGACAUGUUUAAGAGAAAGACUAUUCAGAAUACUUUUAUUGGAUUUGUACAGUGGCAGUCAUAAAACUGAUUUUAUAUUGGGUUAAAAAAAUUAAUUCAAGAAUGUCUGGUGUCUUUGAAUCAAAUGUUUUUAUUUUAUUUAUUUAUAUGUGUUUUUAUCUCACCCUAUACCUGGAAGUCUCAGGGCGGGUUACGCUAGAAGACUCAUAAAAGUCAUAAAAUCCAACACAACCAAAGAACAAGCACAACAUUUAAUAAUAAAAUGGAGUUGAAGCUUUC